GCCAUACAAAACUUUUGCCUUGCCGGCCGCUUAUUGUGCGCCUGGCUCAAGGCAGGAGCUAGAUUUGUUCUAGAACCAACAGCACGUGUGAUGCCGGCAUCAGUGGCAGGCUAGUUUCCGUGGAAAUCAUCGCCCAGCACACGUGCUUCCAUCGGGAAACCGGAGCAGCCGUACAAUGGACGCUGGCAUGGAUGCUCGCACAGCGAGUGACCACGCCUACGGCUCGGUCCCAUCGCUUGAUAACGGUGAUGGCGACGCGCCACCGCGGCGGCGCUGCGUCGCCGCCGUCAGCCUCGGCCUCGCCUGCAUCUCCGCGUGCGUGCCGCUCGCGAACAAGGCUGUAUUAAGGCACGGCGCGAAGAAGGCGGCCCUCACGAUGACGGCGUGCCAGCUGUUCAGCGUGGCUUUAAUAUGCGGGCUCAUCCACGCCGUUAUUGCGUGUAAAAACGGGGCGCCGCUGCGCCUGUCGGAGGUCCGUCGCAAGGCGCGGAACAUCGGCCCGCUCGGCGUCGCGUUCGGGCUCAAGCUCGGCGCCACGAACGUCGGUCUGGCACUCGUAUCAGUGGAGAUGCACGUCUUGCUGGCGGCGACGGACAUUCUUUGGGUUGCCAUCUUCGCGCGACUCAUCAACGGCGAGCGGGUCCGCAACGUCACGGGCGGCCUCGCGCUGGUCGGGUGUUUUUUGGGGGCAUGCCUGGUCUCCACGGACUCGUACGACGCCGGGCGCCACGUCGCGGUUUAUGCGGUGGCGCUGAACCUGGUCGGGCCCGUGAUCCAGGGAAUUGUGGUCACGCUGCUGCGGCGGUCGGCGACGCGCGAGGUCGCUCGACAAAACACGUCCUACGUCGAGUUUACCUUCGUCAAGCUCGCUUUUUCGACACUCACGGCCGGCGUGCUCGCCUUGCUGAUCGAAGGCGUCGCCGACGCGCGGUCCUGCGUCGUCGCAUUACUUGGCGACGCUCCCAGGUUCCUCACGACCGUCGGUCUCAUCAGCGGGGUGCAACUACUCUUCACGGUAUUGGCGACACUGGCCUCAGGAACGAGUGUGGGAGUAGUAGGCACGGUCAAGAUCAUUCCCCAGUGGCUCCUGGCCUUCACCAUGGAUGGCGCCAGUAUUGACCCGAGGCAUCUCAUAGGUGUGUGCCUCGUGACGCUCUCGGCGUGCGCCUGGGCUUUGAGCGGUGGCGUGUCGAAAUCUCCCCCGCGGCUGCCAAGCCGCGUGUUGUUUGUGUGAUCGAUCUAUCCGAGUCGUCGCUCCUAGUCGUGUAUUAAAUUUAUUAGGACUCUA